AAAAAAAAAGAGCGAAAUGUCUUAUAGUAAUUCCGUUCGUCACAACGGCUGUUGGAUAUUGGACAGCGGUUUGGUGAAUAAAUAAAAUACGUCACACUUUAAAUGGAGAGCAUUUAAAUUUUCAUUUGACUUGAACAAGAAUCCGUGACCUUGUGUAAAACAACUUCUAGUUGUGUUAUUUUUUGUUACGCACGGUACUUGUUUACAUUUUGUAAAGUGAAUUACAGUGCAAAUCGAGUAGUCGAGCGGUAUGGUUUCAAUCUAUUUUCUAAAAACUCAGAAGUAGAACGUAACGUCUCCGGCUAAGUGGCACGAAGGCUCUGCGGUUUGAGUUCGAGUUGAUAUGACCUUACAUUUGAGUAAAGGAAUCGACCCACGCCGUCUAAUAUAGACUCCUACGCGGCACCAAUAAUGCGAACUGCGACGUCCAUUUGAGUUAAAAAAAAACUACUAUAAUGAGAAUAAAACUAGACGUAUUAAAAAAAACUCUCUCGAUUUGCUAGUUAUCUGUACAUAUAUAUAUAUUUAAAUUUAAAUGAAAAUAAGUGCGAGCGUGAAAUUGUUAUGAAUUUUCUGGUGCUGAAGGAUUCUGUACAUCUGUUUUAUUUUGUCAACAAUCAAGGCUAAGUCUGUGUAAAGAAGCUGAAUUUUACGUCGAAGACAUUAAAACAGAUGAUGUAAAUAUGAAGGGAAAUAUGAAUACAAAUGAAUUUCAAUCCACAUAAAUUAUUACUCAUUACCGUGCGGAGUUGUCAAGAAAUCUAUCAAAAUAAAGAAAUCAGCGGCCCUCCUGUGUUACAAGACGAGAAUGGAUGAGAAUGAUGUCAUCAUAUCGUCUACGGAAAUCAUAAAAGACAGGUUAUACUUUGCAACCCUCAAAACGGGAUACAAGCCGAAACCCACCAGAAACAGCAAGUACUUCCACAUCGAGGAUGACAUCGUCUACGAAAGCUUUUACUUCGACUUCGGUCCCUACCACCUCUGCCAUCUGUACCAAUUCUGCAACCGCCUCAACGAUGAAUUGGAUAAUAAUCCAAAGAAAAAAAUUGUGUUUUACACUAGUAACAACGAGACGCUCAGACUCAACGCCGCUUACCUCAUCGGAAGCUAUCAGAUAAUAUACUUAGGCGGGUCCCCAGCAGCAGUUUACAAGCAGCUAACAGAAGGUUCGUGGUCGCUCCUGAGCUUCCGAGACGCGUCCGGCGGACCUCCUCUCUUUGACAUAUCCCUAUUGGACGUGUUACAUGGAAUAAAAGUGGCCCAUGACGCUAAGUUCUUUGAUUUCGAACACUUCGAUGCUGAGCAGUAUUUGUUUUAUGAGAAAGUGGAAAACGGUGAUCUCAAUUGGAUAGUACCGGGUAAAAUGCUGGCGUUUUCCGGUCCUCACCACAGGUCUCGACUCGAUCGCGGCUAUCCGCUCCAUAGUCCAGAACAUUACCACGAAUAUUUCAAGAAACACAAUGUCACCACAAUAGUACGAUUGAACAAGAAGUCGUACGACGCUAAACAGUUUACUGGCCAUGGGUUUGAACAUAGGGAAUUGUUUUUCGUUGACGGAUCAGUGCCAUCGGAUUUGAUUGUGAAUAGAUUCAUUCGCAUAGCUGAAGCAGCUAAAGGUGCGGUUGCUGUACAUUGUAAAGCUGGUCUGGGAAGAACGGGUACAUUGAUCGCGUGUUACAUGAUGAAGCACCACGGAUUUACAGCACGGGAAGCGAUAGCGUGGCUCAGAGUGUGUCGACCGGGCUCUGUUAUUGGACACCAGCAGUGGUUUCUUGAGAAUAUUCAGCCCCGUAUGCACGCUCUAGGCGAAGCGUACCGACGUCGUCUGAACAUAACAUCGUUUCCUGUUUUCACUCGCGGUAUCUACAGCGACUUGCCACCCGAACCUAUUAAGGAAGCAGAAGAAAAACCGGUGUCUUUGCAGACUAUACUUAAUAGCAAGAAUGCUAACAAGUUGGACAAUGCAAACGUUCUGAAUGCAAAUGUAACAGACUCAGAAAAUAACGUGACAUCGGUGAUCGGAAAAUAUAAAACAACAGCUACGCCAAUGUUGCCAACUAAAACCGUAUUCACACCUAAACUGAAUUACAUGAUGCCAACGAACAACAUUCGGAAUGCCAAUAACACUAAUUUAAAGCCCCAACCGCGUAUCAUGAACGCUUCUUUAAAAUCUUACGCGGCCAAAACAUCUACGUUUCCGCCAACUAGAAGUGCCAACGCCCAAGCCAAGACUGGGGUUAAAACGAACUUUACAGGAAAAAGUAGCUUUCAUGGCCAACGCGCCAAUCUUGCAAGGCCAACUCUUGCUUACUCUCAUUCUGGAAGUCCCGUUAAAACAUUCACCAGAAAAGCGAUUUCUAAGAUUUCAACUAAUGACUCUUCAGUGGUCACGACACUCAGUAAUGUAACUUCCACAUUAUCAGCGUUGACUGAAAACUGUCAUUUGAAUGGAAAAAAUCGCCUUCCAUCCGAACCGAAUUUAAAAUCGGUCGUUCAAACAAAACCAACGACCAAUGGUGUUCCCAUCGGUUCCAGGAAAAAAUUAAUCGUCAGGUCGAACUCCAGCUCUCGUAAGAAACUUCCGAAAAAUCUCCCCAAAAAUGGUCUAGAAAGUUCUCAAGACUUAUCCUCAAGUGAUACCAAUGUCACGAAUUUAUCCGUGGAUUCCUUGGAUACACCGUUCCGCUUUAGACGAAAAAGGGAUAAAUCCAAAACCCCUGAACCAAUGGAUUGCAUAUCUAACUCAGUGAUAACGGCUGACGUAACUCCAGAUAAUUUCGAAGAAACUGGAAAUUCGCAAGGGAAUAAGUUGUAUAAAAUAAAAGCGCUAAGAAAAAAGUGUCCAGCGUUCGGCGUUAGUUUGCUCAAAAAAGAGGGUAUUCAGACACGGUCGAGUAGUUGCGCGAGUAGCUCGACCGUCAAGAAGAAAUGAUCGAAUGGAUCGUCUAGUAUCCUCGCACGUAAUAGAAUUUCUAAUAGAUGUUUAGAGUGCAUAGCACACCUUCCGUAAUGCUGGUAAAUUUGUUUAGGUCUUGUGACUGAACUAAUUUUACUAAACUCAUAUCAAACAGCAUUAACAAGCUAUGUAUUAAAAUAUGAAUCUAAACAAAUUUAUCAUCCUACGACUUAGAUCUUAUUCCCUUAGACCCCAAUGAGCCUAAAUGUUUAUAAUCAUUGUGAAAUUGUUUACACAAUAAAAUGUUUCUUAUUGUA